UUUCUUCCUCCCUGUGCUACCUCUCCCUACAACCCCACCUCAUACACGUGCAUACAUACAUAUAUACAGAGAGAGAGGUCACAAGCUUACCGGCCUAGCUACAAACACACAUAUAAGCACAGUUGCAAGCCAAAAGUAAGUAUCCAUCCCUCCACCCUUCCCUUUUCCACUCCCCACCAAGAACCUUCACAGUACUGCUACCACUCAUUGUCACAUCUCCUAGCCAGCCUGCAGCCCCCUCUUCUUCCUCCUUGUUCCUCUUCCUCCUCUUGCUCCUCAUCCCUCUCUUGAUUCGCAGCCCGCAUAAUCCCACAGCACAAGCUAGCACACAAACCCUUCAAUUCAUCCCUAGCUAGCUGAUUGAAUUCACCAGUAGCCACAAGCCAAGAAACCAACAAGAACCGAACCCUGCGAUUCUAAAUUCCAAAAUCCUAAGCCAUCCACUAAUAUAAAACAAGCCUCAAAGUCCUAUAGUAUCAAUAGUAACAGCACACCACAGGCAGUAGAUAGGCAUUCGGCGGACCAGUAGCAUACCAUAAGCGCAUAGUUGUAUACUGCUGGUCAAAGGUCAAGGCUGCAGCCUGCAGGGCGGGCGGGGGGGAGGGAGGCAGGAGGCACCGGCGUCUAACUACCUCGGCCUCGAUCAUCGCUGGAGAUGGAGUUCACUGCCGGACCGAUCCGGUCGGGCUGCGGCGAAAGGGUGGAGCACCCGGAAGGGCAGGCGGAGGCGGUGGAGAAGGAGCACAUGUUCGACAAGGUGGUGACGCCGAGCGACGUGGGGAAGCUCAACCGGCUGGUGAUCCCAAAGCAGCACGCGGAGAAGUACUUUCCCUUGGACACGGCGGCCAACGAGAAGGGCCUCCUGCUCAGCUUUGAGGACUGCACCGGCAAGCCCUGGCGCUUCCGCUACUCAUACUGGAACAGCAGCCAGAGCUACGUCAUGACCAAGGGAUGGAGCCGCUUCGUCAAGGAGAAGCGCCUCGACGCCGGGGACACCGUUACCUUUGGACGCGGAGUCGGCGAGGCGGCGCGAGGAAGGCUCUUCAUCGACUGGCGCCGCCGACCCGACCCGCCUGUACAGUACUACCGCCUCCCGUUCCCGUCCGUCCCCUUCGCACCAUGGGCGCACGCGCACCCCGCCGCGGUCGGCUCCAGGACGGUGCUCCACCUGUCGCCCUCGCCCUCCUCGCUCCACGACUCCCAUCGCCUGCACGUCUCGUACGACGCCUACGGGCCCAGCACCAGGCAGGUGCUCUUCUACCGGCCGCACCAGCAGCAUCAGCAUCAGCAUCAGCAGGCCACGGUGGUGCUGGAGUCGGUGCCGGUGCGGAUAGCGACAACGCCAGGGCACGCCGAGCGGCCGCCUUCCGUGGCGUCGCCGGCCUCGAAGCGCGUGCGGCUCUUCGGGGUGAACCUCGACUGCGCGGGCUCCGAGGAGGAAAACGGCGGCGGGAAAACGGAGCCGCCGCCGUAGACCCUGCCGUCGCCGCCGUCAUCGUCGUCGUCCUCCUCCGGGAAAGCGAGCCACUUCUGCCGCCAUUGACUGCACAAAUGGUCGUCGUGGGGAGGAUCAAGAAGUCAAGAAAGGAAGGGGAGGAGGAGGAGGCGGCGGCCGGAGCAAGGAUGAGCACCUGCAAUCUUCGUAAUCCGUAUAUAGCUAAUCUCUCUUAAUUUCCUUAAGCAAUUGCAGUGUGAGGGGAAAUAAGAAGAUUAAGAACAAAGCAGCAACAAAAAAAUAUUUCUCGCUGGUUAAUUUCUUGCUUCGAUUUGCUUU